GGAACCUAAAAAUCUUCUUUUUAAAUAUGGGAGGUGGUCUUGGCAAGAAAUAUAUGGGUUGGUGGGGUUGUAUGGGUGGACCUACGCAAAAAGGGAUUAUUACUUAUUCAUUAUCUCCACGUGCACAACAUCCAUUUGCAGGCGCACUUCAUAGUGCUAUUUUUAAUACGUCUCGACGAUGUAGUCAACAAAUUUUGUAUUUUGGUAUACCUUUAGCGGUAGGAUAUUAUAUUUAUGUAUGGGCCAAUGAAAAGUAUAAGAAAUACAUUAGAUAUCCAAGCUUAUUUUUCUAAUCACCUAUGUUGUAUAGGAAUGAAUAUUUGUAUUCAAAAGCGGGCCAAAAAGAACUCAAGGGUUUGGAUAAAUCUUAAAACUUUUUGAUAGGUUUUUUGUUUGGGUGG